AUGGGCAGUAGAUCGGAUCUGACGCCCGACAGCAGUGACGAGGAGAGCGGGGAGGCGUUCACCGACGGUGACUUCGACGACUCCGACGAGGGGGCCGUCGUAGAGCGCGCCGACAGCGUAAAGACGGCACAUGUGCCAGUCAACGAGACCUUGAACCGGGGUGCCGGCGCCACUAUCGAUAGAGCAGACGAAGAAAGCAGUGACGAUCCACAUCAUGCUAAAGACGUUGAUGCCGUUACUGGCACUGAAGCGUUAGAAAUGGCAAACGGCUCUCGAGCUAACGACACGGACGCUUAUGUGGAGCGAGACGUCGCGGACGCUAGAACAGACUCGCAGGACGAGAUCGGCCCGUCGAUAGUCGGGAUUCUCGGCGACCAGCACACCCAUGCAGAGCAGCGACUGGCGGCGCGGCGGGCUGCCCGCGCGGAGGCGCGCGAGAUCCGAAUGCGAGAGCUGGAGCGGCAACAGCGCGAGCAGGAGGACCAUGCGGACAAGGCGUUCGACAUGUACACAGAGACGGUGGGACGCCGUGGGGGUCGGCUAGCCGCUCUCAGUCCGUCCAUUCACUCGCCUCGGCGCAGCUCCGAGGACUCCGCCGAUGACGUCUUCAGCAUUAAGGACCUGAGGCACGAGCUGAAAGAGGUUGAGGAGAAGUUCCGGAAGGCGAUGAUCCUGAACGCGCAGCUGGACAACGACAAAGCGGCGCUCGGCUACCAGCUGGAGCUGCUCAAAGACAGGAUAGAGGAGUUGCAGGAGGAGUAUGCGCAGUUGCAGCGCGAGCACAGGGAGAAGUGCUCGGCCCACGAGCGUCUGAGGCGGGAGCACGCGUCGCUGGAGAGGGAGGUGGCCGCCGCGCGGGACGCGGUGAGGGCGCGCGACGCGGCCGCCGCCGAGGCGGGCUACGCCUACGUGGAGGCGCAGACGGCGGAGGGGGGCUUCGGCUCCGUGCCCCCCCUCGCGCUCGUCUCGCACCACUCGGAGCGGCUGCUGAACGACGCCGGCGAGGGCACGUUAGACGUGCGGCUGCAGCGGCUGGUGAGCUCGAAACAGGCGCUCGAGUCGGAGGUGCGCAAGCUGAAGCUCUGCCUCAACGAGGAGCGCGCGGCGCGGCAGAACGGCGUCGGGCCCCACCACGAUCGGGACCACGACGGCGAGCUGGAGGCGCUGCGCAAGUCUGUGGCGGAGGCGAAGGGGCGGGCGGCGCGCGCGGAGGCGGAGGCGGCGCUGCAGGCGGCGGCCGUGGCGCGCCUCGAGGCGCAGGUGGCCCGGCUGCGCGCGCGCCAGGACCACCAGGACGAGCACGAGGAGCAGCUCAAGCAGGAGCGCCGCCGGCUGCAGCGAGAGGCGAGGGAGGCCCUGAACCGAGUUGAGGAGUUGGAGACGGAGAACAGUCAUCUAACGAAGCGUCUGGACAAACUGAAGAACGCCAAGUCCGCCCUGCUGAAGGAGCUG